AUGAACCAGACCUUGGUGGGCGGAUUGGUGCUCAACGUGGUCGCAUUGUGGAUUCUGUGCUUCAAAUGUAAAAAGUGGACAGUGUCUACCAUCUAUAUGACUAACCUGAUCAUUUCAGACAUUUUGCUGCUUUUCUCCCUGCCUUUCAAAAUCUACGCCUACCAGGUUGGGACGUGGUCCCUGAGUCCGGGAUUCUGCAACUUCUUGGAAUCUCUGUACUAUGUGAACAUUUAUGCAAGCAUGCUGAUCAUCAUAUUGAUCAUUUUGGAUUGCUACAUUACCAUAAAACAUCCCUUUUUGGCCAGAACCUUCAGAUCCCCAAAGAAAACUUUGAUUGCCUGCGCCCUGGUGUGGAUUGUUGUCUGGUCUUGCUGUAUCUCCCUUUAUGAUAAAAGGAAAUCUGCAAACUGUUUCUUCAACCAUUCUCCCUUCGUUUGGAAAGUGCAUACUGUUGUAACUCUCCAAACCAUAUUCCUAGUCACUGCUCUCCUCGUGGUCUUCUGUUCCAUUCAGUUCAUCAGAACUCUAAAGAGAAGUGGCAGCCUGAAAUCUGAGAAAAUCUCCACUAGGAAAUCCACAACAAUUGUCCUUUCAAAUCUGUUAACAUUUCUUGUUUGUUUCACUGCUUACCACGCGGGGAUCCUAAUGUACUUUUUAGCUCGGAAAUGUUGGAUAGCAGAUGGUUACCUGGUCCCUCUGCGCAACUUUUGCAAAUAUGCCUGUGUUUAGCAAAUGUAAACUGUGUUCUGGAUGCCAUCUAUUACUAUUUU